AUAGUGAAAUUGAAGUCAGUUUGAGAUACAUAGGACCCUGUCUCUCUCCUGCUACCGCAAAAGAAGUUACUCAAUGUUUUAGUGCUUAUUGGCUCUCUGAUAUUAGAAUCUUUGACUGUAAUUACUGUUUUGUUUAUGUCUAGGUUUUAUAACUCCAUGCCAAGUGUACUAAUCGUUCCAUGUUACAUCUUUUCUAGAAUGUGCAUCUUUGAACUAUGCAGGCUACUGCAAUAGUAAAAACAGAUUCUAAUAAAAACUACCACAAAAAUGGAGGAAACCUCCAAAAAGAUAAAUUUUAUGAUCUUAAGAAAGAAAAUGUGUUAUUUUCCAAUGGUGGCAACGAAGUCAAAUUGACUUUUCCUGAUGCUGAAUGGGACUCCUUGUCAGUAGAACAAAGAGCUAGUGACAAAGAAGUCAGCAAUACUGAUGAGAUAGACUUUUCGGGACCAUCUUUUUCAGUAAAUCAAGACACCAAUGUAGAUAAUAUUUUCUCGCAGUCAAGUGAGUUUGAAGACAGCCUCGACUGUGCUGUUUUGAAUGAGACAUACUCUAUACAUUAUUCAGAAUCAGAACUCAAGAAUGAAAAUCUUCCUCAUUUAUAUUCAGAAUUACAUCCUGAAGUGCACAAAAGGAUGGAGGUGUUUUUUGACACUUUGGGCCAUCAAAAUAAUAGUAGUAUUGGAUUGGAAAGGAGCCACGAGAUUUCCGGUGCUGACCGUGGAGACAUGCACAGAAGCGGCCUGGAUGAUGACUCGCAGCAGGAGUAUCACAGCGCAGAGCAGGAGUGCAUCAGUACGCACUUACCUUUCGACCCAGCUAAAGCAGUAGGCAGGUCUACUCUGUAUGUUAGUGAGUUGAAAACUACAAGCUGUGACGUUAAUUGUGAUGGUAGUCUAGAAGGUAAUCAUGUUAAAUUAGAGAGUAGCCCUAGCCCCACUUUGGUGUCACUUAAUGUUUUUGCACAAGAAUGUUCACCUCAAGCCUCUAAAUCUCAGAGUUCUGAAAUGUUGAAAGAAUAUCAUGAACCAAAAUAUGAGAACUAUAAGGAACGAGAGAUUGGCUUAACAUACCACAAUGCAUUUGAGGACAUUUUACAGAGAAGCAGUUCUCCCUUAAGCCCUCAAAAAGUACCUGAAAUUAAAAUGUAUACUAAAGACAUGAAAUCUCAGGCAAUUGAAAGUAAACACGUUCAUGGAAAUAGAGUUUUCGAGAACAGAGCAUUACAGCACCCUGAGAGCCCCAUCGUGUUUCCCCAAGCCCUUGAGACACAGCUGAAGGCUAACAGUGACUGCCAGACUUGUGGGACUUCUAUUCUUGAUGACUCAGUCAUUUCUCUCUGUGGCUCUUUGCAAUACAAAAGCCUCCCUGAGCCAGGCUUUUUUUCUCCUAUGCUACCAAGGGUGGAAGUCUCAGAUUAUCAGGCAGGAGUAGAGGACAGUGGCCUACACCAUGUACAAAGCAGUACAACAAACAAGGCAUGCCCGUUUGACGUGAAGGAAGGGUGUCUUCAGUCAGUGCCAGAUGCAGCAAGCUUUGUAUUCACAGCUCAGUGGACACUAGAUGUGAGCGGCGACACAAAUGCAAGGUCUUCCAUGGUGUCUCCAUCAAACAACCCAGAGAUGCAGAUAGUGGAAAAAACUCAACCUGAGGAGUGGCAAAGUGAGAAACAAAGUAUGGCUUGUACCACAGAUUGGCCAUGCAGACAGAAGUGUGCAGACGCAUGGACAGCUGCACCUAAAGAAUCAGGAAGGCCCCUCCCAGCUGACUGCUUACAGCCUGGCGGGAGCUCCCUGAGUGAGAAUUCCUCAGAAUCAAGAGAAACAUUGGAUACCACAGACAAAAAGAAACAUCCUGAGAGGGCAUUUCAACUUUGUGAAGAGAUGAAUUUGCCAUCAAAGUGCUGUGAGAAAACUACUGAGAGGGCUGUGAAGGCAGAGAUGCACCUCUUGGAUGUUUGCUAUCAGAUGUGCCACCAUCACUGUUGUCACAUUUACAAACUUGUAAUGGAAAAUAGAGCAGGAUUCAAUAGGAAUUUACCAAGUGACUCUGCUAAGAAGGAAUUAGGAUCAGCACUGAUGUCUGUUCUGGAAGACUUGAAAGUUAGAUACAUGAGCUUGAAAGAGAAAGUCCACAAGGGCAUCCCACUGGAAGAGCUGCCUCCACUGUCCAUGGAGUCCAGACUGUUAUCUGCCUUCUCCGAUUUUGCUUCCAGGCUAAUGAAAGAAGAAGCAUACAGUCUUUCAGGAACAAAUUCUGAGCUAGAUCAUCAAAGUGUACCCAAUGUUGAUGUUUCUCCAAGCCUACAAAAGACCUUGUCCCAGAUGUCUUUUGUAUCUGGCAAUAAUCAUCCUCCACAAGAUAAGUCACCCAUGAAUGAUGUCUUCAAACACGGUGAUAUAAACAUAGACUUUACUCAGCUGAAACUUGAUGACAAAGAGUACAGAAAUGUCCAUGAAGGAAGUGAAGACUGGUUUGAUGCAACAGAGAGGCUGAAUGGAGCUGACUUCUCGGAGACUUCAGAAAACAUAACAGAACGUGAUGGAUGGAAUCCAAAGAGUCCAUUAGAAAUGAAGAAUGCUGAACUGCUUCGAAGAGGUAAAGGCUUUUUGAUACAUGUUGGUGGUCUCUGCCCUUCUGUAUCUGAGGCUGAUUUAAGAUCUCAUUUCCAGAAAUACCAAGUUUCUGAAAUUUCAAUUUAUGACUCUCCUAAUUACAGAUAUGCAUCUCUUGCUUUUGCAAAAAAUAGUAAUGCAAAGAUGGCUGUGAAUGAAAUGAAUGGUAUAGAAAUCAAUGGAAAAUCAGUGAACGUGCGACUUGUGAAAAUUCCUGGAGAACACACACCACCACUUUUGUCCAAAACUGCGACUAGCGUUAGUGUGAAUCACUUGGAGAAAAAUACAAACAAAGAAGGCAGCCCUGCCUUUCCCACUUGUAAGCUGCCCAGAACGAGACCAAGGCAGCUGGAGUCUGAGCAAGACAGCAAGUUUCCUCCCUUGGACCAGGGUGUCAAGAAAAAUUGUAACAAGAUUGAAUCCAGUCAGUUAUUACCUGAGACACCUUUUCAGUUGAUACCUCCAAAUACAUUGAACCUUCGUAGUUUCACCAAGAUCAUGAGGAGACUGGCCGAGCUGCACCCAGACAUCAGCAGAGACCACAUUAUAGAGGCUCUUCAGGAAGUGAGGAUAAAUCAUAAAGGUUUUCUGAAUGGUUUGUCCAUCAAUACCAUUGUAAAAUUGACUUCAUCUUUUCUGAGAAGCUCUGCUUCCCGUUUGAAGUAAAUGAAGCAAUACAUAGAAAAUAUUUGGAAGUAUGAGUACCUUUCAUCAGAGAACGUUCUUCAGCAUUUAGGAAAAAGUUGUGGUGAUACAGUCAGACCACCUAUGUAAUUGGACUGAGCACUUUGUUCUCUUAGAUAGGCCUCCUUUAAAAUCUGGCAGC